AUGGAGAUCACGAUUUUAUUAUCCAUAAUUUAUUUCAUAUCUCAUUGGAACAAACUGCCGGCUGAUUCCCAGAGAUGGGUCUUGAGAUCCGCUCUGAACUUCGCAAGCGAUGGAGAAAUAGUUAGAGAAGUAGGCAGAGAGUUCCAGAGAAAAGGACCAGAAAAAGCAAAAGCAGAUUUGGCAAAAGAGUGUUUAACACGAGUUAAGAAAAAGCGAGAAGAAGAAGACGAUCGUAAACCGGGGCGUUUAGAAGGAUUAAGUUUAAGACACAUAGAAUCAGACCAAGCGAUAAUCGAAGAAAGACAUAGAGAUAAAUUAUGA